CCCCUUUCUCUCUCUCUAAUCCAAAAAUCACUUUCUCUCUCUAACCUACCUACUUAUAAACAAAGCCAACCCCCCUCCAUCCAUGUCACACCCCUUCUCCUCCCGCCAAGUGUCAUCAUCCCAACAGUCAAAUAGGACCGCGAUCGGAACUGGAUCGGAUAAUCGGCAGGACAGCCCACGGUCGCCUGGGCGGCACCCGAUGUUUAGGGGAAUCCGGUCGCGGAGCGGUAAAUGGGUAUCGGAGAUACGGGAGCCUCGGAAAUCGAACCGGAUUUGGCUCGGGACUUACCCGACCCCGGAAAUGGCCGCCUCAGCUUAUGACGCGGCCGCCUAUUUCCUUAAAGGAUCGAAUGCCGUGCUCAACUUUCCUGAAAGUUAUGCUUCGCUCCCUGUCCCUGCUUCCUCCUCGCAUGCCGAUAUACAGGCUGCAGCGGCUGCGGCCGCUUCUCUCCGCCGCCAAACCAACAGUGCCGCCUCUUCCACUGGCCCGAACCGGGACCGGGACCGGGACCGGGACCGGGACCUAGCACAAAAUGACCCAAUCGUUACUCACGGAAGUCCCCCUUCUGCCCCUGCCCCUGCAUCAGCAGCCGAGGGCGAAGGGCCAUUCUUGGAAACUGAAAAUGUGGGUCAGAUACAAGAGCCUGAGUUUUUGGACGAAGAGGAGUUGUUUGAUAUGCCGAGUCUUAUUGUGAGCAUGGCGGAGGGGAUGCUGGUAAGCCCCCCACGAAUGGACCCACCGCCGGAAAAUGACAAUGGAGAUUCAGAUUCCGGCGGGCUUUGGAGCUACCCAUGAUGUGAAAGCCAUCGGAAAAUUACUGUUUGGUUUCUGGCGAGUUUAGAGAGAGAGGAGAGGAGAGGAGAGGAGAGGAGAGGAGAGUGGCCUUGGAAGAGUUUAGGGGCAGAGAGAAAGAGAGAGUUUUUGUGGCGUUAUGUACAGUGAAAACGCUUCACAAUUUUGCCAAUGACAAAUAACGGACCAAUAACGCUGUUCCUAACAUAUGCUGCCGCGGGAGCACAUAGUAAUAUUUUUGGCUUUGUUCUGUUGUAAAAUAACCGCUAUGUUUGGUUUUUUCAACGACAUCGUGCUCCCGCCGGAGCACAAAAGAUUUUGGAAUUUAUUUUGUGGGUGGUGUUAAAUGAGAGUGAUUGAGAAGAUGGGUUCGAAAAAUCUUACCCAACUAUUUCAUCAUCUUCGAAGCUUUUUCUCCAUUAAUUGGGAUUGG